CCGGGCAGGAAGGACUCGGGAGGGACUAUGACCCGGAAGCGAUAUGCCGCGCGGGCCGUUUCCGGCACAGUUGCAGUUGGCCUAGUCGUUGCCGGCCGCAGGAAGCGGCCAUUUUCCAUGGGAGUGGAGCCGCCGAACGCUGCUUCUCCCGGCGGCCGCGGCCAGAGGGAGUGAGAGGCGAAGACCGCCGGGCGUGUAGAUCGCCGCUCCCGGCACGGGAGGAGGGGGAGUCGCCGCCGCCCUUAUAGAGGGGAGGAUGUUUUCCUUCUCUACCACCGUGCAGCCCCAGGUUACAGUUCCUCUGAGUCACCUCAUCAAUGCCUUCCAUUCACCAAAAACCUCAGCUACUUCUGUCAGCACAGCAUCUAUUCAGUCUCUACAGAGGGAUACAGCCCCAGAACAUGAUGCUCAAAGCAGUGAGCCUGUACUGAAUCUGAGAGACCUUGGAUUGUCCGACUUGAAAGUUAGCCAGCUCGAUGAACUAGUGAACAGGUUGCUUCCUGGCUAUUGUACAGAAAACAAAAUCUCUUCCCAGUGGAAUACAUCCUAUAUCUCUGCACAGUCCUUCUUUGAAAAUAAACAUGGUUUCAUGGAUGUAUUUAGUACUUUACGCUCAUCUUACUUAUAUAGACAGCAUCCUAGUCCCCUCCAGAGUGUGUGUUCAGACCUUCAGCGCUGGCCAGUUUUCAUACAGUCUCGGGGUUUUAAGACUUUGAAAUCAAGAGCAAGACGUCUGCAGUCGACAUCCGAACGAUUUGCAGAAACAGAAAACAUAUCCCCUUCAUUUGUAAAGGGACUCCUUUUGAGAGACCGAGGAUCUGAUGUUGAAAGCUUAGACAAGUUAGUGAAAACAAAAAAUGUACCUGAAGCUCAUCAAGAUGCGUUUAAAACUGGUUUUGCUGAGGGCUUUUUGAAAGCACAGGCACUCACGCAAAGAACAAAUGAUUCCUUAAGACGAACACGUCUCUUUCUCCUUGUUUUGUUACUGCUUGGUAUUUAUGGCUUGUCAAAAACCCCAUUUUUAUCUGGUAAAGGCUCCUUUUCUGAUACUGUACGCUUUCGGACAACAUCUGGGCUUGAUGCAGCAGUUGAUCCUAUUCAGAUGAAAAAUGUCACUUUUGAACAUGUUAAAGGAGUAAGUUCAAAAAUUAGCUUUGCAUGGAUCGCUUGUUGCCAAACCAUGAACCUGAAAAAUUAUGGAUUUUUGCAGGUGGAAGAAGCUAAGCAGGAAUUACAGGAAGUUGUAGAAUUCUUGAAAAAUCCACAGAAAUUUACUGUCCUGGGAGGUAAACUUCCAAAAGGGAUUUUGUUAGUUGGACCACCAGGUACAGGCAAGACCCUUCUUGCACGAGCUGUGGCUGGUGAAGCUGAUGUUCCAUUCUACUAUGCAUCUGGGUCAGAGUUUGAUGAAAUGUUCGUUGGUGUUGGAGCCAGUCGUAUCCGAAAUCUGUUUAGGGAAGCAAAAGCAAAUGCUCCUUGUGUUAUAUUUAUUGAUGAGUUGGAUUCUGUGGGCGGGAAGAGAAUUGAGUCUCCAAUGCAUCCCUACUCAAGACAGACCAUCAAUCAACUUCUUGCCGAAAUGGAUGGCUUUAAGCCUAAUGAAGGAGUUAUUAUUAUUGGUGCAACAAACUUCCCUGAAGCAUUAGAUAAUGCUCUAAUACGUCCUGGCCGCUUUGACAUGCAAGUUACAGUUCCAAGGCCAGAUGUGAAAGGUCGAACAGAAAUUCUGAAAUGGUACCUUAAUAAAAUAAAGUAUGAUCAAUCUCUUGAUCCAGAAAUAAUUGCACGGGGUACAGUAGGAUUUUCUGGAGCAGAGCUAGAAAAUCUUGUGAACCAAGCUGCAUUAAAGGCAGCUGUUGAUGGGAAAGAUAUGGUAACCAUGAAGGAACUGGAAUUCUCAAAGGACAAAAUUCUCAUGGGACCUGAACGUAGAAGUGUAGAAAUUGACAAUAAAAACAAAACAAUCACAGCAUAUCACGAAUCUGGACAUGCUAUAAUUGCAUAUUAUACCAAAGAUGCAAUGCCAAUCAACAAAGCUACAAUCAUGCCCCGAGGACCAACACUUGGACAUGUAUCUUUGCUACCAGAAAAUGACAGGUGGAGUGAAACUAGAUCCCAGCUGCUUGCACAAAUGGAUGUUAGUAUGGGAGGGAGAGUAGCAGAAGAACUCGUAUUUGGAAGUGAUCACAUCACAACAGGUGCUUCCAGUGACUUCGACAAUGCUACUAAAAUAGCAAAGCUGAUGGUGACUAAAUUUGGAAUGAGUGAGAAGCUUGGUGUCAUGACGUAUGCAGAUACAGGGAAACUCAGUCCUGAAACCCAGUCUGCAAUUGAACAGGAAAUAAGAACACUUUUAAGGGACUCAUAUGAACGAGCAAAGAACAUCUUGAAGACCCAUGCAAAAGAACACAAGAAUUUAGCAGAAGCUUUAUUGACAUAUGAGACUUUGGAUGCCAAAGAAAUCCAGAUAGUUCUUGAGGGGAAAAAAUUAGAAGUGAGAUAACAACUUCCUUUAUGGAGUCUAACUGAUCAUUUGAAGAAUGUACAUCUAGCAAUGCAGUUGUCUCUGAAUGCAGCAUAGCUUUUUUUUUCCCCUGAUGUUUGCAUAGUAUUAAUAACAUUUCUUAGUGUUAUGCAUUGUCUUGAGCUUUUGUUACAAUUAUCUAAUUUUGUCUUUGUUCAGAAUGAGACACAAGGAAUAAAGUAAGCUCCCACAGGAAAAAAAAUCAGAAAUAUAAAAUCUCAGGGUUGAAUCCACUUUCUUUGGAGACCUCAGUCAAAUGUUGAAAUUGGAAGAAAAGAAAAGUGAAUGCUCUAGUGUGUUCAAGCAUAUUUUCCUUGGUUAUGCUGCUAUCUGUGGGUUUGAAGUAGUACCAUCUUAAUAUGUACAGUAUAAAAUUUUGUAGGAAGUGAGCCUUUAAGUGCUAAAGUUACAAAACAGUAAUGAUUUUAUGUUCACCAAUAAAGUACAGUUUUAAAAAAACACUGUUCCUGCUCCAGAAAUGCAACAAACAUACCUGUUAAAUGAGUGGAUACACAAUGCAUCCCCAAUACAGGGAAAUACAGGGCUCCCAAAACAGAUAAACUGUUGUUAAUUGCACUUUCAUACUCUUAAAAGAUAAAAUGUACAUAUUCAUAUGAUUCAAAAUUUUCAACACGAUAUGUGGGCAAUGAUGGGAUACACCUGUAUACGAGUCUUUGGACUGUAAAAAGUAGCAUUCGUGCUGACAAAAUUGUGCCAGGGAUGGGAAAUGCUGUGCUGUCACACCUAAUGUGCUCCUGACAAAGUUAUCUCUCAAACUUUAUAAGGUUAGCAAUAUAUGGGUGUAAUUUGAUAGCCAGGCUUUUAUACUGCUGGACAUACUAUUGAGUUGGUUUUUACUAAUAUUGUGUAUGGACUUUUUGAAUAACCCGUGUAAGAUUUCUUCCAAGAGGAGACAAGUAUUACUCAAAAAAAAAAAAUAGGGGGGGGGGGGGUACUUCAGAAGCAAGUGGCUUGUUGUUUUAAAAAACAUUCCCUGUUACCUGUUCCAUAAAAAUAAAUCUUUUUUGCUUGAAAUUAUACAACUUUUAGAAUAUAAGUACUCACUGACGUUCUAGAGCCAGAAGAAAGUCUAAAAGAAACAAUUAGCAAUCAAGCAAAAAUUAUUGCAAGUAGCAUUAUAUAUGCAUCUUGCUGCUGCCAGGUCCAAGGAACAAUUUUUAGGAAAAUUAACACUUGCUGAUUAUAAGUCUCUCUCUGUACAAGUAUAGAAAAUGUUAGACGCUAUACACUUUCUUUCCUAGAGAGAAGGCUUUUAUUGGAAUAUUAACAUUUAAAGUUAAAUAGUGAAAAAAUAGUGCCAAUAAAUGUGAAAAAUUUGAAAUAAAUUGGUAAUUAAAUUUAGAAUUAGCAUUAACACAGGAUUUUGUUGUAAGUAUAACAUUGGGUUAGCUAAUUUUUUUUAUUAGUAGAGAAUGCAUUUUCCUUUCCUUUAAAAACCAUAUGCAUUCAGAAACAUGCAAAUAUGACACGCUUGGCAUCUGUUUUUGAAAUAAUAAAGGUUCAUUUUAGUAUGCACUUUGCUUUAUUUCAUUUUUCUUUCACUGUAUAUUGAUAUCAAGUGUAAUACUAGUUUCACUCUAUGUAAAUUGAGGUGUAUAUAAACCAUGCUUAAAUUUGUAAAUAAAUUCUACUGUUAUGGCAA